AUGCUAUCAAAUGAAUCCCAGAGAAAGUCAAACUUAAAUAAACUUCUCAACUUAAGAGAUAAGGUGAAAAAGAGAGAGCUAGUAAAGCGUGACGAUAAUAGGAAAUUAGAGUUGUUCAAAAUAUGGGCAAGGGAGAAUGCAGGCGUAUUAUCUGCUGUAUUUAUCUCAUCAGCUGCUGUGAUAGUCGGACUUGUAGUUACAACUAGAAGUAUGGCGUGGAAGUUAGGUGAUGAAUCAAAAAGGAUAAAUGAGAAGCUAAAUGAUAUGGUAAGAAAUCAGAUGAAACUACCCCCUGUAUUCCUAAAGUUAGCAGAUGGGCUGGAAGCAGUAGGUGACAAUAUAUGGACUAUUAUAGCGGGGGCCAUAGGUGUGAUAUUCCUGCUAUACGAACUAAGCUAA